AAAAGAAAAAAGAAAAAACAAAUGGACCAAAAAUAGUUAAGUGUUGGCCAAGAUGUGGAGAAACUAGAACCUUCAUACAGUGCUGGUUUGGAAAUGUAAAAUGGUACAGUCACCAGGAAAAACAGCUUGACAAUUCCUUAAAAAAAAAAAAAAAUUCUUCAUAUCAUUUUUAAUGGAGCAAUCAAUCCAUUGAGUGUCUUCCAUUUCUUCAGGCUAGGCCCUGGAAAUGAAACUCCUGGGUCAGAAUACAUGAACCUCUUUUAGAUUCUUGAUAUAUAAUGCCACACUGCUUUCCUGAAAGUUUGUACCAAUUUAUAUUUCCAGCAGCAGCUUUUCCUUACUUGCUAUUUCCAAUAUAGUAUUUUUAGUUUGCAAAAAAUAUUGGUGGCUCUUGAAAGUCUGGUUUCAGUAGCAAGGCAGAAUUGCAUUAAAGCCCAAGGAAUUGUGUUUUUACAAGAACUUUAAAUAUGUAGUAAUACUUUCCAGUCUUUCUGAAUUGAUUUCUGUUAUUACACACACACACACACACACACACAGGAAUACUGUGAAGUAUUAGGUAGGAAUAGAUACAGCUUCUCUUCUCUUGGAACUUAAAAUAUAAGGCGAGGUAAAUACAUAUAAUUAAGAUGUACAAAGAGUAAAAUACACGCUAUUGACUUCUUAAGAUAUAUCUCAGGAUGCAAAUCGUGAGGUAAAAGUUAUAUAUCAUACUUCAAACUGACUCUUCUGUUGUGUAUUCCUCUUUGAGCCCAAGUUAACCUGUUGCCUCCAGAAAAAAUAAGCUUCUCUUUCUUUUUAAAUACAUGAAAAACUACUGAUUGAUAGGAGUAGACAUUCAAAUUUAUUAUCAAUUUCAGUGAUUUCCCUAAAGCCAGGAAUUGCUUCUUGGUUUUCCUUAUCAUCCCCCACCUGGAAACUGUCUCAGUUUAAGAUGCUGCUUAUCAGUAGAUGAUCCUUGUUUUAAAUUGACUAGAGAUUUAAAAAGCUACCACUCAUAUAGUCCCUUUUGUCCAACAGGUGAAAGUUUACCUAAUGCAAGAAAGAUCCUUAUUGAGUUUAAGGGGAGUUGUACUCUGGAAAUGGCAUAUAAGUUCUUUUAUGGGAGGGUGGGUAUCAUGGUGGAAGGGCUAGGACAAAGCUCCAAGAGAAUAAAUGAGUAUAUAAAUGGAAAAAAAAAAAAAAAAGUCAUGGGCUAUGUAAGUCUAUUCUAAAAUUGCACUGACAUGUUGGGCAAACUUUUGCCAAAUAUUGCAUUAAUAUUACCACUGGAAAACUUUUUUUCCCCUUGGAUUAUCAGCACAGUUCAUUCAAUUCAGAUCAUAAAAAUUGUACCUUAAAUUUGUAACUGCCAAAUUUUUUUUUGGUGUGUAUUUAGCCAAUACUUAUUGAGCACUUACUCUGUAGGAGGCACUGUUUUAUGUAAAUUUUAUGUAGAAACAACUUCAGGGCAACAUUUUGUUUCAAACUUAGGUUCUGAAAUUUUGAAACCAGGGAAGCAUUUUUUGUUGUUGUUUUAAUGAAGAUUCAUCUGAGUCAUUUUAUUGGUUUGAUUUUGUGUUGUCAAUAAAUUUAAAAUCACUAAAUGGCAAUUUAUCUCGCUCUUCUAUUGUAUUUUAGCAUGUACUUAUUUGUUUCUAUGAAAAAGAUUUUUAAAAGUAGAUGAUACAAAUGAAUACGUUUGUUUCCAUAUGAACCAAACAGAAAUGAAAGGGUAAGAAGAGAAUUUCAUGACUAGCAAAUUGGGGAAGGAUAAUCUAAUCUCCCAGAGGUUGGCAAAUUCUGUUGUUUACUAAUAAAUACCUGUUUAGACUGCUGUAGAGGAAAAAAGACGAAGCCAGCCUCUUAAAGUAGUUGUAAACUACUUAACUUUCCAAGUAAAGCUUUUAGAAUAUUUUGUAGGUAUGCCUUUUUUGUUGUUGGUAUUCCUGUUUUAAAGUGUAGCUUUUUGAAGUGGACGGGUUACAUGUUGCAUAAGCUUUGAAACGGCCAAAACAAGUUAAAUAGCCACCUUUAUUUACAGCUGUUGGACUAGGUAUUAGAUCUCUUCCAGGAAGAAAAUUUGAUUAAUGGCUUUUUUCCAAAGUGGGGACAAUUGCAGACUUUUCUUCCGCAGAGCGUGAAAUGUGCCUCUUCCUGCCGAGGGGCCUUGUCCUAGCCGCGGCUACCGGGGCGGUUUCCAGCCUCAGGUGUCUCUCGCCGUGGGCCGGCGGCCGCUCUCCGGGGCGGGCGUCCGGGACUUCCUGUCUGAACGCGGGGCGGAAGGAUCGCGUUGCCAGCCGAGGCGGCCGCCGCCGCCGCCGCCGCCGCCCCUGCCGUUAGGUGGUGGGGUUUCUCAGCCCCGCGGCGGGAGGCGGGCCGGCCUCGGCUUCCUGUCGGAGGACGCGCAAGGAUCCGGGCGUCUGAGUGUGUGCGAGUGCGUGAGUGUGUGUCGGUCGCACGGCGUGUAUCUCCGGCCGUGGGUUCCGCCUCCUCCCCUGCUGCCGCUGCUCACGGUGUAAGUCAAUGUGAAGCAGCAGCUCCAGCCCCGGGAUAAACAUGGCGACGUCUCUGCAUGAGGGACCCACGAACCAGCUGGAUCUGCUCAUCCGGGCUGUGGAAGCAUCAGUUCAUAGCAGUAAUGCACACUGUACAGAUAAGACCAUUGAAGCUGCUGAAGCCCUGCUUCAUAUGGAAUCUCCUACCUGCUUAAGGGAUUCAAGAAGUCCUGUGGAAGUGUUUGUCCCUCCUUGUGUAUCAACUCCAGAAUUUAUCCAUGCUGCUAUGAGGCCAGAUGUCAUUACAGAAACUGUAGUGGAGGUGUCAACUGAAGAAUCCGAACCAAUGGAUACCUCUCCUAUUCCCACAUCACCAGACAGCCAUGAACCAAUGAAAAAGAAAAAAGCUGAAAGGGCUUCGCAGAUUACCACAUCCUCUGCAAUAGUUGGCCGUAAACCAAAGACCCAGCAAUCACCAAUUUCCAAUGGGUCUCCUGAGUUAGGUAUAAAGAAGAAACCCAGAGAAGGCAAAGGAAACACAACCUAUUUGUGGGAGUUUCUCUUAGAUCUACUUCAAGAUAAAAAUACUUGUCCUCGGUAUAUUAAGUGGACUCAGAGAGAAAAAGGCAUAUUCAAGCUUGUGGAUUCCAAGGCUGUCUCUAAGCUUUGGGGGAAGCAUAAGAAUAAGCCAGAUAUGAACUAUGAAACUAUGGGACGAGCUCUGAGAUAUUAUUACCAAAGGGGUAUUCUUGCAAAGGUUGAAGGACAGAGGCUUGUAUAUCAGUUCAAGGAUAUGCCCAAAAACAUAGUGGUCAUAGACGACGACAAAAGUGAAACUUGUAAUGAAGACUUAGCAGCAGCUACUGAUGAAAAAUCAUUAGAACGAGUGUCACUGUCUGCAGAAAGUCUCCUAAAAGCAGCAACCUCUGUUCGUGGUGGAAAAAACUCCUCUCUAAACUGCUCCAGAGCAGAGAAGGGUGUAGCUAGAGUUGUGAAUAUCACUUCCCCUGGUCACGAUGCUCCAUCCAGGUCCCCUACUACUACCACAUCUGUGUCAGCAACGGCAGCUCCAAGGACAGUUCGUGUCGCAAUGCAAGUACCUGUUGUAAUGACAUCGUUGGGUCAGAAAAUUUCAACUGUGGCAGUUCAGUCAGUUAAUGCAGGUGCACCGUUAAUAACCAGCACUAGUCCAACAACAGCAACCUCUCCAAAGGUAGUUAUUCAGACAAUCCCUACUGUGAUGCCAGCCUCUUCUGAAAAUGGAGACAAAAUCACCAUGCAGCCUGCCAAAAUUAUUACCAUCCCAGCUACACAACUUGCACAGUGUCAACUUCAGACAAAGUCAAAUCUGACUGGAUCGGGAAGCAUUAACAUUGUUGGAACCCCGCUGGCUGUGAGAGCACUUACUCCUGUUUCCAUAGCCCAUGGUACACCUGUAAUGAGACUAUCGGUGCCUACUCAGCAGGCAUCUGGCCAGACUCCUCCCCGAGUUAUCAGUGCGGUCAUAAAAGGGCCAGAGGUAAAAUCAGAAGCAGUGGCAAAAAAGCAGGAACAUGACGUGAAAACUUUGCAGCUGGUACAAGAAGAAAAACCAGCAGAUGGAAAUAAGACAGUGACCCACGUAGUGGUUGUCAGUGCACCUUCAGCUAUUGCCCUUCCCGUAACUAUGAAAACGGAAGGACUAGUGACGUGUGAGAAAUAAAAUAGCAGCCCUACCACGGACUUAAGACUGUUAGUGAUAGUACUAACAUAAAUACUUGCAAGGGAGGUCAUCAAGAAGAGUCAAAAGAAGACUUUAAAACAUUUUUAAUGCAUAUAAGAAAACAAUCAAACUUACUGGAAGUAAAUUACCUAUCCCAUGUUUCAGUGGGAAAUGAACUACAUACGGAGAUGCUGACAGAAAACUGCCUCUUACAGUAGGAAACAACUGAACCCAUCAAUAAGGAAAAGGAUUGAAAAGGGACCAAGCAACUCACUACAAUAUCAAGUUACACUAAGACUUGGAACACUAACAUUCUGUAAGAGGUUAUAUAGUUUUCAGUGGGGAGGGGUUGGGAUGGGUGAUCUCAUUGUUACAUACAGCAAUUUUUGAUGCAUUUUAUAUGCAUACCAGCAAUUAUUACUGUGUUCACACAGAACUCACUUAACUGGUGCUACGUGAAGACUGCUAAUAUAGGUAUUUUAGAAUGUGAAUUGAAAAUGGAUCCAAAAGCUUUUCAGAAAGAUAGCAAAAAAGAUCUAGUGCGAUUUUUUUUUUUAUAUCAUAUAGCUUAAGCUGAUUUAAAACAAAGGCCUUAGACUAAUUUUCAGUUUUCUUUAUCGAAAUAAGCUAAUGGCUUGUUUGUGUAAAGCUUUUUUAUUAAAAGAAAAAUUUUAAAAAUCUUGUACCUAGCACAGUAUUGUUAUAGAAUUUACAUGUAACAUUUUAUAUGGUAGUUUAAGUCUGUCAGUUUCCUAAUUGUGGACAAAUUAACAGUUGCUCUGGCCUUUUGCUGUAACCUGCCUGUGUCACUCACUUAGCCCUGGCAUCUGUGCAGACAUAUCAGUUCCAGUUCUACUGUCACUUGGAAGUUCAGGCUCAGCAUGAAUUUUUGUCAGGUAGCUCUAAUACCUGGUGUUUUUGUUUUUUUCCUUCCUUUCUUUUCUUUCUUUCUUUCUUUUCUUUUUUUUUAGUUGAAGUUUAAGAGGGAAAGUACCAGUGUUCAGAUUUGAACUAUAAUAGUUUGUAUAUUCAACAUUUGAAGUAUAUUCUAUUUUGUUGUACUCUUGUUUCAAAGUGUAUUCAAGUAGGUUUUCUGAAAUAUAGAAAUGAAAUUUAUGUUGUGGUUUGGUGUCUGGUGAUAUUUAUAAUAUUCAAAAGCUAGUAUAGAGACACUGUUUUAGUUAAGUAGUAGAAGUCUUAUUUCUCCUUCCCAACUACCGUGUGAAGAAAUAUUCCUUCUGUUUUGUUUCAUUACAUUAAUAUUUGCAAGUAUCUGCAUGUUGCCACUUAAUUUCUAAUUACUGUCAUGAACUAUAAUGUUCUACUUACCGUGAUGAGUUUUAUUAUUUUAAUGUUGGCCACACGUAAAGAAUUUCUAUUUCAAAUCAGACCAGUUAUUUCUCAAACAGACCUUUUGAGGGUUAGGAUGAACAAGUAAUACUCUUGCCCUUUUGCAAAUUAGGAAAUGGAGGUAGGUACCAGAGGGAUUACAGGAGUUUCCUAAUUUCACACCAAACUAGGUCCUAGGACUCGACAUCUUCAUGUUCUUUCUACUACAAAGAAAAGUUGUCUAUUUUUACAUCUUUUAGAAAUUUAAAUAAACUGAUACUUAA